CAUUCCUACGCCAGCUUCGAGUCAGCCUCGAAAAAGAAAUGGGAAAAUCAGUGUGCUUCGACGUCCUGGGCACGUGCUUCUCCUUCGAGGCUGCAAUCGACGCCAUCGAAGAUCGGCUCGGCCCAAGGCUGAAGGCGAUUGGUGUGGACCCCAAGACACUCUUCUUUUCCUGGUUCUAUGCCGCACAGCGAGACUUCACUUAUACGAGUGUUGUGGGCGCGUACACGCCAAUUGCGGAAGUUUUAAAACAUACGCUUAAACGGGCAUGUUACAUCGUUGACUUGCCCCGCGAGCAAGCGCCCACCGAAGAUGACAUCGCGGCUGUGAUGAAAGCAGUCACUUCCCUAAAGCCACGCCCGGGUCUCAAGAAAUGCUUUGAUGGCCUCCGCACUGCAGGCUGGGAAGUAUACGGCGUGACGAACGGCGGCAAAGAGACGAGCCUGAACUACUACCGGCUCGCCGACAUCGCGCUCGAGCCCGACCAUUUGCUUUCGUGCGAUGAUGUCGGAGCGGCGAAACCGGACUUCCGAGUCUACACGACUGCCAACAAGCAUCUUACAUUUCAGGGAGUGAGUGAUGCUGAGGGUGACAGAUGGUUCGUAGCAGCGCACGCUUGGGACUUGAUUGCCGCGAGGAAGACGGGAUUCAAGACUGCGUAUCUGGGGGAUGAGGAGCAUGACGCGGUGCCGGAAAUCUUUGGACAGUUCGACUUGUACCUGGAGGGCAUGGAAGAUUUGUUGGAAAAGCUCAAAAAUCUUGAUUAGUAGCAAGGAGGACUCGUUCUCGGUAGAUUGUCAAAGAUGAAGGCUUAUCGGUUC